CUCUUUGUGCUCCAAGUCCACUUCUUCCUGUAGUUCUGUAUUUCUCUAGAGGAACUUUCUGAUUGCAGGGGUGUAGAAAGCAAGUUAAAUGUUCCCAAUGAGGCUUUUUGAUCUGAAAGUCCAUGAAUUGAGCUGUGUCCAUUUGAUAUAGUGGACUGAAAUGAAAGAGCAGGGGAGAGAACAUUAAUUUUUGUGAGCUAAGCUUGAGCCUCCCUUUUUAUUCUGAAAGGUAAUUUGAUUUAAUUAUUUGCCCUUAGGGUAGAGUGUUCUUGAAUGAAAAAAAUAAUUAAAUAGAAACAGGACAGUGAUCUUUGUGCUAGUAAGGGCAUAUGAAUAAUAGCACUAUGACCCACUGGCAGAGGAGGGGUAGGGGAGGAAGCAAAACACUGGGCGCUGGGAGUCCCUCUUCAUUGGUCAUCCCAGAGCAUCAUGUGGCCACAGCUCCUUUUUAAAGAUAAGUACUCUUCUCCUGGAGCUCAUAAUAUUCCCCUGUCCUGCAUUUCUGUUUGAACCUGUGGAAGACAUCUUUCUAACCUGACAAAAUGUGCGACCAAUUUGUGGGCACCUGGAAGCUCCUUAAUAGUGAGAACUUUGAGGACUAUAUGAAAGAACUGGGAGUGGGGUUUGCUACCAGGAAGAUGGCUGGGGUGGCCAAGCCUAAUGUAACUAUCAGCAUCAAUGGUGAUGUGAUAACCAUCAAAACAGAAAGUACCUUCAAAAAUACAGAGGUCUCUUUCAAGCUGGGUGAAGAGUUUGAUGAGACCACAGCAGAUGACAGAAAAACAAAGAAUGUCAUAACCCUAGACAAUGGUGUGCUGACCCAGGUGCAGAAGUGGGAUGGAAAAGAGACUAUCAUAAAGAGAAAAGUGGUGGAUGGGAACCUGGUGGUGGAAUGCACCAUGAAUAAUGUUUCCUGCAAAAGAGUUUAUGAAAAAGCAUGAAGAAGCCACCUUUACACAGGACUAAUGCUUAAAGCUGGAAUAAAACAACUUAACCAAAGGAGAAAAGCCCCACAAAUCUGUUUUAAAGAGAACUGUACUUUUUUCAGAUAUAUCCCAAAGCAGCUACAUGCAUUUAGUCUAAUUUGUUGUGCCUAUUCAAUAAAAUGUUCUGCUUUCUACAA